AUGGCAUCUGAGGGCAUUAUAAAAAAAGUUGUGUGGUAUGGAGGAGCCCGGCUUGGCGGUCAAAUAUUGCAGCGCGUUGCCGCGAUCAACAAGUAUGACAUUACUUUCAUCGGACGCAAAGACCCUUCCGAAUAUAAAAACGUACCAAAGGGGAUCCCUAUUGUGCAAGUCAAUUUAACAGAUCACAAAGAUCUGGUCAAGACAUUGACUGGCGCUGAUGCCGUCGUCGUAUUCACGCAAUUCGGUCCAGGGGGGAAUCUCGACAUUGUCCAGAUCGCCCUCAUCAACGCAGCCAUUGAGGCUGGCGUGAAGCUCUUUGUCCCAUCAGAAUGGGCACCUGAUACUGCAGGUGCAUAUGCGGCGACGGAUGCGAGAAUGGGCCCCAACACUCUGCCUCCUAGUGCAGCCAUUGCGGCAAAGAGGGUCGUACACAACUACCUGUUGGCCAGAUCUGCUGAAGGCAAGAUUGACUUUGUAACCCUGCACGUCGGUAAUCUGCUGUUAAGCGUUACCCCCUUUGCACCAAUGGAUCUAAACAAACGCACCGCCUCAGUCGGUGACGGUGGUCACAACCUCAUCUCCGUAUCCAGCCUCGACACACUGACCAAAGGGCUAGACAGCCUGUUGACAAAGUACCCAAAGGUCAAGAACGGCUUCUUUUACAUCUGCGACGGCGAAACAACCUUGCAGAAGAUUGUACAAAGCUUCCAGGACGCUUCCGAGUCCAAGGAACCUUGGGAGAUUACAUCGUUCUCCAUCGCCGAGAGGAAGAGGGCUGCAGAUGAGAACAUGCGAAAUGGCAUAUACACUUGGAAAGAGUUCACGGGUGUACUGACGUACCCUUUUACCGGCGGCCUGACUGCGUGGACGAACCCAAAUAACGGGAAAUUGGGACUCCCGCUGCCAAGCGAUGAAAGGGCACAGAAGGUUGUCGAUGACCUUGUCCAACGAUCCCUGGCAAAAGGUAAAAUUCUCUAA